CAUAUGGUCGUGAACUAUUCAAUUUGUGUGUUGCCACGUGUUUGUUACUAGUAUCAUAGAAGAGUAUCGUAUUAACUAUGUCUUCUCUCGUGAACAAUAGAGAAGAAGCACGACCAGUCAGCACAACCACAUAUUUCUUGGGGAUAGUGAAACAAGUACGUAGCUCAUACACUGAUUUGUUCAUUAUUAUAACAUUAUUUUUCUGAGUAGGUCAAUAGUUUCUAACAUACAAGAUGCAAUUUGAGGUUUUCUCAAUACGGCUAUUUCCAUUUUAUAGGUCUUAUCGGGAGAUACUAUUGUAAUACGUGACAGACCCAUAAAUGGUCCUCCUCCAGAACGAACCAUUAUUUUGUCCAAUAUAUCAUGUGGUCGCGUUGCUCGUAAGCCGUCGACGGGAAUUCCCACUGGAACACCAGAAGAUCCGUUUGCUUGGGAGGCCAGAGAGUUUGUUCGCACUCUUUUAGUUGGUAAAGAAGUUUGCUAUUCUGUCGAAACAGAACAGCCAUCUGGUCGCAAAUAUGGAUGUGUGUAUGUUGGGAAAAAUAUCAGUGGAGAAAAUGUUGCUUUGUCCUUAGUGGAACGAGGCUUAGCUGAAGUGAGAAAGCUAAAUCCGACAGUAGCUGCCAAAAAUAAAAUUUAUCAGCAACUAGUAACCGCUCAAGAACAGGCAAAGUCACUUGGUAAGGGUCGUUGGUCUCCCAACCUCCCUGUUACAAGAGAAAUCCUUUGGUCAGUCGAGAAUACUCGCAGCUUCUUUGAGAGCUACAAAAACCGACCACUUAAAGCUGUUGUCGAAAAUGUUCGAGAUGGUUGUUCUGUACAAGUCUUCAUUCUACCUGAAUCCCUUAAUGAAAAGCCAAAUACAUUUGUAUACGUUACUGUCACAAUGUCAGGGAUUAAAUCGCCAUCGAUACGUUAUGAGGAUGGAAAAAUUGUUCCCGACGCGUGGGGUCUCGAUGCGCUAUUCUUUACCGAAUCCAGACUGCUACAGAGAGACGUUACUAUACUGUUGGAAUCUGUAUUUAAUCAAACUUUCGUCGGAAGCAUCCUCCAUCCAAAUGGAAAUAUAGCUGAGUUGUUGCUGCGUCAUGGUCUUGCUCACUGUAUUGAUUGGAAUCUAAACUUGGUAAGCGUCCCAGGUGCUGCUGAAGCCUAUAAAAUAGCUGAAAGACUUGCAAAAGAAAAUCGACUACGCGUGUUUGAAAACUACCAGCCCACACAAACAACGGAAGUACAUGCAGACAGUCUUCAAACAGUUGUUCCAGGGAAAAUAUUCAGUGGAAUUAUAUGUGAAGUCGGAAACGGUGAUAACGUCUCUAUCAAAUGUUCAGAUGGUGUCCAUAAAUUCUUUCUAUCCAGCAUAAGAGCUCCACGACCACAGACCAGCAGCAAGGAAGACGAUUCUUCUGUCCAACGUGGUCGUAUUCGUCCGCUUUACGACACACCUUUUGUGUUUGAAGCUAGAGAGGUACUUUGCCAGUUCGUCGGAAAACAAGUAACUGUUCAAGUUGAUUACAUUCAACCGAAGACAUCUAAUACUGUUGAUGAACGUGUCUGUGCUACAGUGCGAGCUGAUGAUGUCAACCUUGCAUUGACCCUAGUUUCAAAAGGUCUGGCCUCUGUAGUCCGUUAUCGAAAUGCUAAUGAUUCUCGUUCUGUAUUUUACGGCGAACUUCUUGCGGCAGAAGAAAAUGCGCAGUCUAAGGGACUCGGAAUGUAUAGCAAACAAGAUCCCCCGAUUCAUCGUGUUGCCGAUCUCACAGGGAAUGUAGCUAAAUCUAGACAGUUCUUAUCUUUUCUACAACGUGCUGAGCGAUUGGACGGUGUGGUAGAGUUUGUAUUUAGUGCAAGCAGAUUCCGUAUUUAUAUACCUCGAGAGACAUGCGUAAUCACACUGUUGCUUGGAGGUAUUCAGUGUCCACGCCGGGGAAGAGUGGGUCCAGAUGGUGUCGCUUUACCCGAUAUGCCAUUCAGUAACGAGGCCUACACGUUUGUUAAGGAAUUGUGCAUGCAUCGUAACGUUGAAGUUAAGGUAGAAACAAUUGAUAGAGUAGGGAACUUCGUUGGCUAUCUUUUCGUGGACAUUCCUUCUCUGUCUAACAAUGGACCAGAUACUAACAAGUCGUCAGGCAAGAAAAAGAAAAAAAAGGUUGCCGAAACUACUGUUAGACAAAAAACAAAUCUAACUGUCUUACUAAUAUCUCAAGGUUUCGGUACUGUUCAUCGGGCUCCCACAACUGAACGAUCACCUCACUAUCACGAUAUGAUAAAAGCAGAAGAAGAUGCCAAAAUCAAUCGGUGUGGUCUGUGGUCAUCCGAUCAGUUCGUAAAGGAAUGGGAAGCCGAAGUCCAAAAUAAUUCAGAUCCCACUGCUUUGAGCGGUGCAGACGACGGUAGUCUUAUUCCACUGACUGGUUUCUCAGAAUAUUUGGACGACUUAUCAGAACUACAACUUAAUGAAAAUAGUGAUUCGACAACUGUGAUCAAUAAUGAUAAUAUUAAGCAGUUAUCAUGGAAACCUGUUCAAAUAACCGGGAUCUCCAGACCUGCUUCUGGUAGUCAGGGUCUUCGAUUCUACGCUCAACACUUAUCAGAUGCGUGCACCCUGGUCAAGAUUAGUCAAAUGUUGAAUAGCCAAUCAUUUCCUUCAUUCCCAUCAGAAUACUACCCUAAAAAAGGUAGUCUUUGUAUUGCAUGUUUCAGUUUAGAUAAUUGCUGGUACCGAGCACGUGUCAUUCGUAGUUCACCCAAAUCUGUUACAGUUCAGUUUAUUGACUUUGGUAAUGAAGAAGUAAUCGAUUCAGCUGAGUAUUCAUCACGUCUUUCUCCUCUUCCAUCUGGCCCACUAAUGCAACUUCCACCACAAAUGAAAGAGUAUCGUUUGGCAUUUGUUCAACUUCCUCCCGAUACUUCCGAUCGUGUGUUUGCGGAGCGUGCUUUCUGCGACCUCGUUGAAAACAAAGAAGUGUUUAGUCCCGUACACUUCUACACGUGGAGACGGUUGAUUAUGAAUACAGUGGUCUUGAGUGCUGUUAGAGGUAUGAGGGCAGUUAUCAUUUCCCCGUUGCCCACACCGUGGAAGGGUUGUUCUGGAGGUGCCUGAAAAGGAAAUUGGAUUAGAGGUGGUCUUAGUGACCUGGGAGCGUGACCGCAAUGCCCAAGGGACAACUGCUUGAGUUGAGACUUGCUGUUCAGUACGAAUCAGUACCGUGUGGAAACGAAUCACUGAAACCUGUCCCAGCAGUGACACUAUUGCUACCAGUUGCAGAUCUUAAAACAUCUGGGUCAUCUGUCUGUCCAAACGACAUAGACAUCAGUGAGUCACUGUUGUCUAAUGGUUUGGUCUGUGUUGAACCUAUCCAGCCUCAGCUUCUUAAACGACUACCACGCAAUCUGCUCCACAAGUAUCUAGAUGCGCAAGCACUAGCAAAAAAAGAACGUAAAAACAUUUGGCGAUAUGGUGACUUUCGUGCAGAUGUGGAACAGCUGUGAUAUACAUUGCACAACAAUUAGAACCAAAAAUGUGCCUUUAAAAUACCAGCUGAAUAUGAACGACUACCGCCCAACAAUAGCAUCAACCUUAUGCUCUGAUUCAUUUUGUCUGUUGCUUACUGUAUGUUUUAAGAGUACACUUCAUUGUUGUUUGUCUUGAAAUUUCAGGUAGCUGUUCUUCCUUUUUUUAAAAAUGUAAAAAGCAGGUUUACUUUAGUUUGUCAAUAUCUAUGAUAUUCUUGUUGUUCAUUGGACUCCCUACGUACAAUAUAAAACUAAUGUUAUAAAAACCAGUUUUUGUUAGUAAACUACUUUAAUUUCUAACUUUAGUCACUUGUAUUUUCGUUUUUCUUGCCAAAUGUUUUAAACUAUUAUAUCUGUGGCAAUUACGUUAAUUAUACGAAAUUAUGCUCCUAAAUAUUUCUGUACUCAGUAAUGUAUGUUUACGGU